AUGCUUUUCAAAAAAGUGAUUUUUCUGUAUGGCAAAAAGAGAUAUUCCGAUGCGUCAAUCAUUGAUGGGUUUCAAUUCAUCAAAGAUCACUCCUGUGGAAUUAUUUGUAUGGUGAAUGAUAUUAUUAAACUUAAAGAAAUUGCAUGGCAUUAUAACGAAUUCGUGAGAAGCUUGGAACUUUCUUCACCUGAUACUGAAACCUUUCAUUAUGGGCCGCUUUUUGGAGUCGAUAGGCCAGCUUUCAUUGAUAUUGUUAAUUCUUUUCGAGUUCUUAAUACCUUGAUCGUGGAUUCUGGAAAGAUAUAUAUUAACGAUGUGAAAAACUCCAACAUCACCACUCUUGUUAUUGGUAAGCAUCGUGGUGCAUUGGAGUUUGGCAACCAUUUCAGAUCUUUCGAAAAAUUGGAUACCAUCGUGUACAGUAAAAGCGUCAACGAUAGAAAAAGUCUCGAUGGUGCCAGUUUCAGCAAUAUUCCUAACUUAGUUUCUCUAUCAUUAUUGGGAAAUUUUGCUACAGGAAUCAUCAAUGUAAAUAAAAAAUAUCUUCCAAAGCUUCAAGAUUUAGAAAUUUCCGGGCAAGCAAUAAAAACUUUGGACGCGUCAUGCCUCGAUCUUCCGAAAUUGAGAUGGUUGCUGAUAUGCGAUAAUCCAUUCUUGAGCCAUGUAUCAAAUCUCCACAAACUAUCAAAACUUGAAUGGUUACAAAUUUGCCAGAGUGCUCUUGACACUUUAAAUUUGGUUAACUCUCCCGGAGUUAAGGUCCUUCAACUCUGUGAUUGUCAGUUCAAGAAAAUCCCCCAAUGUGUGCGAAAAUUUGAAAAUUUAAUUACUCUUGAUCUUACCAAAAAUUACAUUUCUUCAAUUGAUAAAGGGUUGUCGAAAUGUUCAAAAUUAGAGUAUUUGAGCCUUUCCUAUAAUAAUAUCAACAAUAUUGAAAAUUUGACAUUGCCUAAUUUGCGAGAAUUAGAUUUGAGCCAUAACCAAAUUAAAACUAUUUGUGAACUACAUGACUUGGGCUCAUUGACAAAACUAAAUUUGGCGAAGAACCAAAUAAUCGAUAUCCAUAAUGCCAAACCUUUACCAAACCUCAAAAAGUUGACAUUGGCCGAUUGUCACUACGUGACAACUCGAGUCACCACAGAAUUGGAUGAUUCUCCUUAUGAUUUCUUGAAGGAUAUUUUCGAUUUUGAAAAGUUUAAGAUCAUCAAAGUUAAAGAUAGGAAAUAA